CGAAACCCAAACCAUCUCUGAACAUUGUUUUUUUCUCGUUUUAACUCUCAUCUCUCCCUCUCGCGCAAAGUCCUAAAAUCCCGUAAAACAAGGCAGAAGCCCUAAUUUCAUAGUUUUGUCCAUCUCUGCCUCUCCUCUUCAAGGCCCUAAUCCUAACUUUGAAACUUUUAUCGUAGAUGUCUUCUACGUCGGGGCAGCCUCAGUUCCGGUACACGCAGACCCCGUCGAAGGUUCUGCACCUACGUAACCUUCCAUGGGAGUGCACAGAAGAAGAGCUUGUUGAACUCUGUAAGCCCUUCGGCAAGAUUGUCAACACCAAAUGCAACGUCGGCGCCAAUCGGAAUCAAGCCUUUGUUGAAUUCGCAGACCUGAAUCAGGCAAUCUCAAUGGUCUCCUAUUAUGCUUCUUCUUCUGAACCUGCACAAGUUCGUGGUAAGACUGUGUACAUACAAUAUUCAAAUCGACAAGAAAUUGUCAACAACAAAAGCUCUGGUGAUGUUGCUGGAAAUGUCUUACUUGUGACCAUUGAGGGUGUUGAAGCUGGUGAUGUCAGCAUAGACGUUAUUCAUUUGGUUUUCUCUGCUUUUGGAUUUGUGCACAAAAUUGCUACAUUUGAAAAGGCUGCAGGGUUUCAGGCAUUGAUCCAAUUUAGUGAUGCUGAAACUGCAUCUUCAGCCCGGAAUGCAUUGGAUGGAAGAAGUAUACCAAGGUAUUUGCUUCCAGAACAUGUUGGAUCAUGUCACUUGCGUAUCUCAUUUUCUGCACACACUGAUCUGAAUAUCAAGUUUCAAUCUCAUCGUAGCAGGGAUUACACAAAUCCUUACCUUCCCGUGAAUCCUUCUGCCAUUGAAGGAACCAUGCAAUCUACUAUAGGUCCUGAUGGGAAGAAAAAAGAACUAGAGAGUAAUGUGCUUCUAGCUUCAAUUGAGAAUAUGCAAUAUGCUGUCACAGUAGAUGUUCUUCACACAGUAUUUUCAGCAUUUGGAACUGUCCAGAAAAUUGCCAUUUUUGAGAAGAAUGGUGGAAUGCAGGCACUAAUCCAAUACCCUGAUGUGACAACUGCAGCUGUUGCCAAAGAAGCCCUCGAGGGACACUGCAUCUAUGAUGGUGGCUAUUGUAAGCUUCAUCUGUCAUACUCUCGUCAUACUGAUCUCAAUGUAAAGGCUCACAAUGAUAGGAGCAGGGAUUACACAAUCCCUGAAUCUGGUAUACUCCCGUUGCAACAGGCUGCUGCUGUGUCUAGUGCAGGUGGUUGGCAAACUCCUCAGGCUACAUCAGUUUAUCCUGGCAACAUGCCCGCACAGCUUCCUGAUGGACAGGUAGGAGGAUCCUGGGAUCCAAGCAUGCAGGCAUCAGGGAGGCCAACAUUUGUCUCAGUUCCAACGACAUUUCCAGGUCAAACAUAUCCACCACCCGCUGUUCCUACGUAUUCUAUGGCAGGAGCUGUUCCAGGAACAAUGCCAGUUCAGCAUGUAGAUCAAUCUCCUGCUGGAAUGGCCACUCACAGACCGCCACAAUAUGGUCUCCAACCAAGUGUGCGUCCAGCAGGCCAGCCUCCAUUUUAUGGCCAGUGAGUUAUUCCGUUUCUAGAAUUAUUGUGACCUAUAUAGCGUUUUGGGAAUGCCACAAAAUGGUUUUGUACCUUAAUUGGGUUUGGUCCUUGGUUCUCUGUUGGUGCUGGGGGUCUGGGGCUUGGUCCUUGCGAGGCAAAAAAUGUCAAGUGUAUUGCCUAUUACAUCGCAACUUGCAAUGUGGUUGCUUAAGGAAAUUUACCAUUUUUGGUGCACCGUCAUGUCGGUAGGGAUCCUUCAAAUAUUCAGUGUUACGGUUGCAUUUGCUAUUAAAUAUUUACUUGUUCCAUGAGAAUUACAAUU